AUGAGAGUUUUAAAUACCUUCGCAAGCAAAUCUAUCCCAGUCCACUGCAUCGUCGAAGCCAUAUCAGUCUUGGACGAAAAUCGCUUCCAACAUGGCGUCUGGAGACGCAGACCUAUGGUAGAAACCGACACCUAUGUAAUCAUUCCAAUUGGUACGCCCUUCAACAAUCUAGUCCAAGCAGCCCUUUUCCGAUUGGGCUAUUCAUCAGAAAGUGCCGCAGCAGCUAAAGGCUCGGUAAUAAUAAAGAAUUGGAAAGCUUUAAAUUUCGAUCAGAUUUCGGAUGAUCCUUUGGUUACGGUUGGGGAUAUAUUAGGCGAACUUUCCACUGUGGCUACGUUGAGGAUUCAAGUGUUUAGAGGCAAGCCAGGAUCGUUGAAUGAUAUUAAAGAUAAACUUUUAAGAUAUCUGUUGUUGCAAUCGCACGGAAUUUUGUUGUCAUCUGGAUGCCCUUUAGAUGAGAUAAUCCUAUCUCAAAUCUGUCGCAGCAGCCUGACGACGUCAAACUGUCCGGAAAUCCCCGAAGAAACCAGAAGAAAAUUCGAUCUUUGGUGGUCCACGCAAUUCAAUACCCAAAUUCCUGCUAGUAGGUCGCAAUUUAUUCCUUCUUACCCUAGCCAUUAUUCGGUAUCAUCUCAACCGACUCCACCAAUCGAUAGACCAAUUCCUGACUCGCAUCCUGCUAUGCAAACAGUUCACAACCAAUUCCCCACCCAGAAAACUCGAAUGAGAACCAGUUUCGAUCCUGAACUAGAACUACCAAAGUUGCAACGUUGGUUCAAUGAAAACCAGCAUCCUAGUCGUCAGCAAAUUCAGCAGUACGUCAAAGAACUGAACAGUUUGGACUCGAGACGAGGCAGAAAACCUUUGGAUGUAAAUAAUGUCGUUUAUUGGUUCAAAAAUGCACGAGCCGCCCAGAAAAGAGCGGAAGUCAGAAAUAUAAAUCCAAACUUGCAUUUGUCUGUUAACGGUUUUACAAGUCCCAGUCCCACGAACGGUGGUUUUCUACUGGGAGAUAGCUAUCUUAACUCAGAAAGGCUUUCUGAUCCGAGGCUAAAAAACAACAUAUCCAGACGCGGCCCACAUAACUCUCAUACUUCAGAUGAAUUUUCCAAUAUGGGAUCAGAUAUGGACGAAGAUGAAUUGGCUGAAGAUCAAUCUCCGUUAAGUCCUUCGGUGCCACUGUCGCUGACGACCACUAGGAAAUCGGAAUCUAGAGGAGCUAGCCCGAAACCUAUGACGUCACCUUCGCCAGCACCUGAUAUACAAAUUGAAAAAUUAAAAGAAGAACCCAAAACCGAACCAGUAAACUAUUCAUCUGGCGACCAUAUCAAUAACAACAACAAAGUCCUGUACAAUGACGACGCUGACCGCGAAACUGAAGACGACAGUAAAAGUCACUUCGAUGAUGGACCAUCUUCGCCCAGUAGAUCGAUACCUCAUCGUUUAUCUCCUGAUUUGAGUAACCAACUCAUACGAAGAAACCAUGAAAGCCUUGAGCAUCUGGCAGCCUCAGGGUUCCCUUUGGUACCGAACACAAUGUUCAGUCAUAACAUUAUGUAUAUGAGCCAGUACAUUCCGAGUCUUUCACAUUCAGUCCCUUCAAGUUGUUCCAGCGCAUUGAACAUGUCGAAUUUAACAGUGGACGAAAGACGUAAAAGAAAUAGAACUUUCAUUGAUCCAGUUACUGAGGUACCAAGGUUGGAACAAUGGUUCUCGUUGAAUACUCAUCCUUCGCAUAAUCUUAUUAUUAAAUACACUGAAGAGUUGAAUUUAAUGGCCUAUAGGCAAAAAUUUCCUCGAUUAGAACCAAAGAAUGUACAGUUUUGGUUUAAGAAUAGACGAGCCAAAUGUAAGAGACUGAAGAUGUCUUUGUACGAUACACAACCUGGUCAGUAUCAUCAUAGUGAUCGUGAUUGA